CAGUGCGAGCGCUGCUGUCUGCCUCCGCCUGCGCUCUGAAUGCUGGGCUACAGCGCGUACAGUUUUGUUCUGUUCGGUUCCGGGCUGCAAAGCAACCGAGCGCCGGUGGCGCAUCCACUUCCCUAUCGCUGCGCGUUCCGGCCUGUCUACAGAAGCGAGAAGGUUCCUGCGGAUGAAGUCACCUGCCUCAAAUUGACACUCCAUCAAUUUCAGUUUCAAACCAUGGGUGGCUGAGGGGGUCUUCCGACACCUACAUGGAUCUGAGAAGGUGUGCAACUGCGAGCAUUGCAAGAUCCCAGUGUAUCGACCUGAAACAACCCAUAUCGCAGUAUCAAUGUUGCAAUACAUGUAAUGUAGACAUCGCGGAUCCCAGGGAGGUCUGCGUGUGUGUGCGUUCCUCGGAUACACUCUAUCCAAUGCGCCAGAGUUAUUUGCAAGUUGGAUUCGUUUGCCACAUCUCGGGCUCCGACUGAAGAUUCUUCGCUCUGUGUCUGUUGACUAUGGCUCUGGCCUUUGGUCUACUCGGCGGCACCUCUGCUACUUUCCAGGACGCCGGCUGGUUGAUUCUCUUGCUGUUGUUCGCGGCCUCCAUAGUGACAGUGUUGACUUGGCUGGUGCAGUAUUCCUUCGGGAUUUUACGGCGUUCUGGCCCGGCCGCUCUUCGGCACCGGCCUCCCGCCGCUCUGGGACUCUGGAGCUCACUCCUACAGUUGGGCUGCUCCCGGGAAGAUAGCGGCUCCACCUCGGGGCUCCGGCAUCUGCUCAGGUCCCUCUCCUCCUUCAAGUCCUUCAGAGACAAUUGGCAGAAGGCAUGGAUCAGGGCGCUGAACGACCAGGCUUGUCGCAUUGGGAGUUCCGUGCAGAUCAGCUUUGAAGAGGGUUCGCAGCUGCCGUCAACAGCAGGCAUCAGUCAUGUGACGUGUACCGAACAGUCAGAGCAGAGCAUGGUGCUUUGUUGCAAUAUAGCGGUGGAUGCAAUUCAGUUCCCUGUGUCCGUUACUCAGCAGUCUCCAGCAGCCGUGUCUAUGGAUUCCUACCAAGUCACCUUGGCACCACUUCAGGCUCAGAUGGAGAUCUGUUUGGAAGAAGCAGAGCUGAAAGGCCUGCUAGUCACUUGGUCAUUCAAGGAGCCCCCUGCUCUGUCCCUCACAGUUACUCCUAAGCUACAGCGAGGGGAGAAUGAUGGGAAAGCAGACAUCUCCACCAUCAAAGAAUUGAUCGAGGAUACAAUUGUCAGCACCAAUCCAGCCAUGUUGAUCAAUCUCGAGGCACACAUCACAAACACAGUGGUGGCAGGGGAGAAACCUGGUAAAGCCUCGACUCCUCCAUCAAAGAUCACACUUAAUGCUGGGGGUAAACUGGUGGUCAGACAGCUGAAGGCCAAUAUCAGCAGAGUGGAAGAAGUGGGUGGUGGUGAACUGUGCUGUGUGAUGGAGCUUGAUAGACCUGCACAGCUGAAAAGAACCAGAUCUGUGACACCCACAUCCCAGAACCCAAACACUGAUCUGAAGUGGAACGAUGAACUAACCUUUGAGUUGGGAGCAGACACCAAGGAGAUGAAAGUGAAAGUCCUGGAGAAGACGGACCAAAGUGAGAAUGUAUUAUUGGGACAGAGUGUGAUCCCACUGGAUUUAUCUCGGAGAUCACCUUCUGGAUGCCAGAGCUUUCCCUUAGCAGCCUCUCCAGAAAUGUCGAGUACUUCCGCUGGAUCAGUCUCACUGGAGUUGAUUUAUGUGGAGCCAACAGAUCCCAAGCCAGCCCAGUCACUGCUCCCUCUGCGGACAACUGUCACCCCUACGAAAAAGAUUGAAAUGGAUCGAACGAUAAUGCCUGAUGGAACCAUAGUGACAACAGUAACAACCAUCCAAUCCCGGCCUAAAUUGGAUAGCAAAAUAGAUUCUCCUACAAGGUCACCCUCCAAGGUGGAAGUAACGGAGAAGAGAAACAUCAAGCUGGAUGAUAGCCCCAUGAGUCAGCCUCCCAGUAAUGUAGUGGAUAACCACCUCACUAAUGGUUUGGAUCCGGUCGUACAGACUGCAAUUCGGCAACUGACAGAAUCUGCUAACAAGCCUAGCAAAAAGACACCAACCAAGCGCAGCACACUGAUUAUUUCAGGAGUUUCAAAGUCUCCCAUUGAUCAGGAAGAAAUGGCUCUGUCUGUGGGCUAUGCAGCAGCUAUGGACGCCUCUCUGCAGUCCGAGCUGGGGUUGCCUGCCCUCCCCCAGUGCAGUGCUCAGACUGCACUAGAGUCGCCCAAAUCCAUUGAUUCUGUGAACCAGCGGCAACCAGCCAGCCAAGACCAGGACGAAGCUGUUGCAUCUGAUAUUUCAGAGCGGCCGUCAGUGGAUGAUGUAGAAUCUGAAACAGGGUCAACGGGAGCACUGGAAACGAGAAGCUUGAAGGAUCACAAAGUUGGCUUUCUACGAAGUGGAACCAAGCUUUUGUUCAGGAAGAAACACAAGCAGAAGGAGUCAGGCUUUAGUCACUCCCACGAUGACCUAUCCAACGUGAGUGACAGUCCUUCAUCUACACGGAAGAAAUCGGGAAGCUUCUCUCGAAAGCUUAUUAAGCGCUUCUCCUUCAAGUCCAAGUCCAAGUCAAAGGCCAACACAAACGGCAAUUCUGGGGCAAGUGGGAACUGAAUGAGCUAGAAUGCCCAGACAGCGUUGUUAGAUUGGGUACUUGGAGGUUCAACUGACAACAAGAGGCAAAGCACUAAGGGGCCCAUCUGAGAUUGUUGCAGUAAUUUCUGUCCUGGGUUUCUUUUCAGUGACUUUCUGUGAAAUGAUAAGAGUGCUAUCAUCAUUCAUCUGCCAUCGCUUGUGAAAGCCACUUUGCAAUAACAUUUCUCCCACGUCUGACAAUGUUGUGUUGAUGGGAAAUAAAAUGGACCUUUCAACAGCCUGAAGCCAAGGAAGUCCUUGAGAUAAAGACAAAGACAGAAAUGCAUUUGUUUGGUGACACUAGCUUUGAAUGUAAAUUAACAACCAGAUUUAACCUUUCCCCAACUUUAUUUAUUGAAAGUCUAUAACUUUGCCAAGCUUUGGCAGCUGUACAAGAUAUUUUAUUAGAAAUACUGUUGUAAUGUUUUAAUUGGGAGGAAUGAAUUGUUAUUGAUAUUUUGAAAAUGUAAAUGUAGAGACAAAAUUUAAUUCUUUCUCUGUUCUCCUUAGAUCCUGAAAGACAUUCAAAACAAGGGCAUGAUGAGAUGGGUUAUUUAUACAGGGGGAGAAUGUGCUUGCUUUGGGAAAUUGAGAUAAUAUUAAUCAGUUGCAUUUGUUGCACUUUCUUGCAUUCACCAGGUUUACUGACAGAUCACAUCCUGCUUUCCUUGUAAACCAGGAUGUUGAAUCUAAUUCUGGUCAAGGCCUGGUGAAGGUACAGAGAAUAUUUGUGAGGAAUGUGAAUCUUCAGUUUCAGAGAGGCCAUGUCUUUGGAGCAUAGAUACAGGGAAAGAUUUGAAAAUCAGCCAUGAUUGAAUGGUGGAGUGGACUUGAACAGCCUAAUUCUGCUUCUGUAUCUUAUGGUCUUAAGGCCUUGUUCCAAAUUUUGAAGAUAUUUAGUAAAAGCAACUGGGAAAUAAACAGUUUCUAAUGGUACAAGCUUUGAGAAUUGAUGACAGGUAAGAUUUUUUUAAUGCAGUGAGUUAUUUGAUGUGAAGUGCUCAUCCUAAAAAGAAUAGGAAUAGAUUCGAUUGUAAGUCUCGAAGUGGACAUCAAAGAGAGAAAAUUUGCAGGGAUACAGAGGAAGAGUAAGGAAGUGGCUCUAUCGAAAAGUUGACCUAGGCACAAUGGACUGCAAUGUCUUCCGUAAUGUAUCGUUCUUUGGUUUUAUAAAUAUCUCAUUGGCCCAAUAGUGACUGAGUGUAACUUAAAUAAAUGUCAUUAGAAAAUGCUGGAAAACUCUCCACAGGUCAGGGUGAAUUGGUGGAGAGACAAAAAGAGUUACUGUUUCAGGUUGAUGAAUUCAGAUUCCCAACAAACCAUUUCAGAUGACAAAUGUUCCCUGUAAUAUUAACUGUUACCUCUUCACCAAUCUUCCUGACCUGAAGAAUGUUUUUAAUCUACCUUCAGAUUUUAUUUUAGAAUUUCUGGCAAUUGUCACUAUUUUUGUGCUUGUCAAAGAAAAUCAUGUUCAGGAUGGGUGGUGGGCUGUAAUUUAAUAUGAAGAUAAUAUUUACCCCCAUGUGAAGGAACUGACGUGAGACCAUACAGUAACCAUUAUCACGAUACCCAGUGGGUGCAUAGCCUUUGGCAUAGCCACAAUAAGAUAGUUACUAAGGUGCCCGAGGCAUGUUCAUGAUAAACUUUGUAUAUAGAGAAAUUUAUACUAGUGCAAGUCUAUCCUGCAGUGCUUGGUGAGACUGCCUAUAAAAGAUGAUUUGUGCCCAGUUUCUUGAACAACGCUGACUCUAUGGAUUAGAUCCCCACUCCAAUUAAUUUGUCUUAGUUUUUGUCCUAUUGAUAAAUACUAAGGCAUCUCAGUAGCCUCCUCACAGAGAUUGGUGAUUAUUCCGAGACUUCUUGCAGGUAGCUCCUUGUGAGAUACACAUGUAAAAAGAAUUGUCCACAAUAAACCUUAAUCUUGUCUUUUCUGCAGCCAGGUGAAGGAUGGUGAAUGAAUAUAAUUAUGAUGUGACAUCAUCUUAGCUCUGACAGUCAUUCUGUAGCGGCAGGUAACGCUUUGGAAAUCACAGCCAGCCAGUUGGCUUCCAAUUCUUGCAGAGUGGAUUCCGUUCUGAAAUUAGUUUUUGUUAAGAAUGAAAAAUAUAUCAAAAACCUUAAAAACCUCAAAAAAUAAUCCUCCUAGAGACAAGUGGGAAGAUUACCUCUUAAGAAUAACCAAUCAGCUGACACCAAGAUGGAGAUGUGUGUUGGGUUUGGAAGGUCUCCAGUCAUCAUUGUUUGCUACUGGUUUGCAGAGUGGUCAAACCCCAGGAAGCAAAUACCAUUUUAGGAGGUACAUAUCUGUAGGUACUUUCCCAUAGAUUACUGUGGGCUGCACUGUCCUGAAUGCUACUUUAAACCCAAACUCAUUUCCUGAAGUUUCUUGGAAAUAAAUAUUGUUUUAAAAAUGUAUUGUUCACACAGCAACCGCAUGUUUUAAUAAAGAUUUUGAUUGUUUUUAAGUGUAUAAUUUGAAAAAGGUUGGCUCCAUCCUGGACAAAGCAUUCACCACCCUCUGGCCCUCUAUAACUGUGGUGCACCAUCCUGGCAAGGUUUCUUUCAAAGACAACACAUUCCAAUCUCGUUAUUUCUUCAUCAAGAAUGACAAAAGCAGAAAGUAUGUGGGAACCAAACUACAGACUUAUCAGGCAAGAGUUCCACUUAAAGAAACCAUGCUGACUGUGGCCUAUUUUAUCAUGUGCCUCAAGGUACCCUGAAACCACAUGCUUAACAAUGGACUCCAACAUCUUCCCAAUCACUGAAGUCAGGCUAACUGACCUACAAUUUCUUUUGUUCUGCUCCCCUAGUGAUUCUUGAAAGAUCAUUACCAAUGCAUCCACAAUCUCUUCAGCUACCUCUUUUCAGAACCCUGGGAUGUGGUCUAUCUCGUCCAGAUUGACUUAUCUACCUUAAGAUCUUCCAACUUCCCUUGCAUCUUCUCCUUAGUAACAGUAACUACACUCACUUCUGCCCCCUGGCAUUCUUGAACAUCCAGCAUACUACUGCGUCUUCCACAAAGAAGAAUGACACAAAAUACUUAAGUUUAUCCACCAUUUCUUUGCCCUCAUUACUACCUCUCCAGCAUCAUUUUCCAGCAGUCCAAUAUCUACUGUCGCCUCUCACUCUUUAUAUAUUUGAAAAAACUUUUGGUAUUCUCCUUGAUAUUACUGGCUAGCUUAUCUUCAUGUUUCAUCUUUUCUCUCCUUAUUGCUUUUUUAGUAGCCUUCUGUUGUUCCCAGUCCUCUAACUUCCCACUAAUUUUUGCUCUAUUACAUGCCCUCUCUUCUGCUUUUAUGUUGGCUUUGACUUCCAUUGACAGUCACUGAUGUGUCAUCCUGCCUUUAAUGUAUUUUAUCUUUGGGAUGUAUCUAUCCUGCCCCUUCCAAAUUGCUCCCAGAAACUCUAGCCUUUGAUAUUCUGCCUUCGUCCCUUCCAAUCAACUUUGGCCAACACCUCUCUUGUGCCACUCUGUAAUUUCCUUUACUCUACUGUAAUACUGAUACAUUUGACUGCUCCCUCUCAAAUUGCAGGGUGAAGUCUAUCAUAUUAUGAUCAAUGUCUGAUAAGGGUUGAACUCCAUCAUCAAAUCUGAUUCAUUAGACAACACCCAAUCCAGAAUUUUCUUUUCCGUCAUGGGUUCAACCACAAGCUGAUCUAAAAUAUCUUCUAAUAUGUAUUCUACCAAUUCCCUCUCUUGGGAUCCAGCACCAUUCUGAUUUUCCCAAAUUACCUGCAUUUUGAAAUCCCCCCUUGACUAUCAUAACAUUGCCCUUAUGACAUGCUUUUUCUAUCUCCCAUUGUAAUCUGUAGUCCACAUCCUGGCUACUGUCCAGAGGCCUGAAUAUAACUCCCAUUAGGGUCUUUUUACUCUUACAGUUUCUUAACAAGGAUUCUACAUGUUCCAAUCCUAUGUCACUUCUUUCUAAGGAUUUGAUUUUAUUUUUAACAACAGAACCACCCACCCCCUUUGCCUACCUGCCUGUGUAUUUUUGGAUGUUAAGCUCCCAGCUGUGAUCUUCUUUCAAUCACAACUUAGAGAUGCCCACAAUGCCACACCUGCCAAUUUUUAACUGCAUCACAAGCUACUUUAUUCCAUAUAUUC